AUUGGUUAGAGAUAUUACGCGAAAACAGUUGUCAUUGAAAUUGAAAAACAUAUCAAUUCAUAGUAAACACAUAAUACACUAAACGUCGCAAAAAUCAUAAUCAAUGGAUCCCAACGUCGCAGUAAUAGUGGGCUCAGUGUGGGUGCGAUUGGCCGGAGUGUAUGGGGCGCUGGCGGUGGCGUUGGGCGCCUAUGGGGCGCAUGUGAUCGCCAACAAGAAAGACAUGUCCGCUCACACGAAGGACGUGUACGAGAGGGCCAACAAAUACCAUAUACUGCACGCGUUGGCACUCCUGGCCGUACCCCUCACCGCACAUCCCUGUCUGUCGGGUACUAUCAUUACGAUCGGAAUGACACUGUUUUGCGGCACGUGUUAUAUACACGUAUUCACUGGCAGUAAAUCCAUUAUCCGUUUGACACCCGUCGGCGGUAUAACCCUAAUGAUCGGUUGGCUCACUAUGGCCUACGUCUGACCGACAAAUUUUACAUCGAUUUUAUGCUUUAUAACGCCUUUUUUACUUUGUUUAUCUAGUUUAACAAAUGUUUAGUCAAAUAUCUAUGAAAUAUACAAAUACAAACAUGUUUGUUCAUAUUUAAUAGUUUUAAUAAAAUAUAAUUAAUUUGAAA